UCACACCCUUGUGAUUUUUAAACUACCAUUAUGGGUUAGGGAAAACAAACAACGCGGAACAGAGCAGAUUAGGGAAAGACAAGUAUGCCUCGAAGCUGUUGUGUGUAUUCCUGUACAAACAACUGUCAGAAUCACCCUGAAUUGAAAUUCUAUAUUAUUCCACAUUAUAAACUUAGAAGAAAAUCAUUGCUGAGGGCAAUAAAUAGGAGCGAUAUCAUAGAUAAGAAUAAGACUUGGUCACCCAAGUCCAGAUAUCAUUAUGUUUGUUCACAACAUUUUAUAUCAGGUAGCUACAUAUUAACAAGAUAACUGUUUUACAUCUGUCUUAACCCUUUAUAAAAUUUCUUGUUUUUUAUUUCAGUUUUCGUGGCAAAGUAAAUAGUUCUAAGUAUUUUUUUAGGGCAAAAAAGCAACUAUGCAAACGACCCUGACUACAUUCCAUCGAUUAUGCCUCACAAGCAGAGACCACCGAGCUUAUAUACUCCUAAACGAAAGUUAUCAGGAUUUGAUCGACAUCAAAGGAGGCAAAGAAAAUUGGCCUUGAAAGUGUCUACAGAAACAACGAAAUAAAAAUUAACAACACCUGAAAAUGAUACAAAUUCUCCAGAUGUUCAGGUGCCUACCCCAGCAAGCUCACCGCCCUUAUCAUUGAUGUCUCCAAUUAACUUGACUGAAAGGGAAAGUAUUUACAAGGAAAUGGACAACUUAAGGAUGGAGAGAAAUAGUCUUCAGAUCAAAUUGAAUGCCUCUCUUUCAUCAAAUCAAAAUCCAUUUAGCAUGCAACAUCUCAUGCAACACACCGAAAAAAGUGUCAUGUUGACUGGUUUAACUUAUCCAGUUUUACUCGUUCUGAUCAAAUAUGUGACCCGUAUUUGCACAAGCGACAAACUUAAACCUACGAAAUUGUCGUUAGAAGAUCAAAUUUUGUUGACAUUAGUUAAGUUGAAACAUAAUAUGAGUUUUGACCUUCUUUCUCAUGUGUCUGGUAUUAGCAAAACAACUGCUAUAGAGUACUUUUGGAAAUGGUUGGACGUUAUGUAUAUCUGGCUGAAGUUUUUUGUUAAAAUGGGUGAGAGAGAUAACAUAUUUAAAAUGAUUCCUCCGGUUUUUAAAAAAAAAUUUCCUCGAUUGACAUCAAUAAUUGAUUGUUUUGAAAUUUUUAUUGAGGCACCGACAUCUCUACUUGCAAGAGCCCAAUGUUACAGCACUUACAAAAAACAUUGUACUAUAAAAGUCAUGAUUUCAUGUACACCUCUGGGAACUAUCAAUUUUGUAUCGCGUUGCUGGGGAGGAAGAGCAUCAGACAUCCAAAUUGUCAGGGACUCACAAUUUUUCUCCUCGAGGUACCACCUUCCUGGGGAUCAGAUAUUGGCAGACAGGGGUUUUACAUUGGUAGACGACUUUGCUGCUGGCUCUGGAUCUGAAUUAAUCAUUCCUGCCUUUACAAGGGGUAAAAAUCAGCUCUCUGCUCAAGAAGUUGAAAACACAAGGAAAAUAACAUCUGUUAGAAUUCAUAUUGAACGUGUCAUAGGAUUGCUAAAAAACAGAUACACUAUUUUAAAAGGUAUAAUGCCUAUACAAACAGUUAAGAAGAUCUCAGAUGAAAACUUAAACGACACACUAGCCAGUUGUGAUAAAAUGGUAACUGUUUGUUCAGCACUAGUAAAUAUGAAUAAAAGCAUUGCACAAAAACCAGAGGUUUAAUGUUGAAAAAUGUAUAUUAUAAAAUAUAUGCAAAAAUAAAAAUAUACAUACAUUUAUUAAA